UUAUUGAAGUUACUUUUGAAUGGAUAGGAAAAAACAUUCCAUGAUUUAAAUAAUGUUUUUGUGCUACUGUUUUGAGAACAUUAUUAAAAACCAGAUAACAUUCUAUCAAUGUAACUGAAAGAAUGUUUGUUCAUAACCUUGGCAGAACGUUCCGAGAACGCGCUGAGCAAAAUGCAGCAUGGACUACAGUUCCCAGAAUGCACCUGCUCGCAGUGAUGAUGCUGAUGGAGUGUCUUCGCAGCAUCACGCGCUCGCAGUGCUGGAGAAGGAGAUGUGAUGGGUCUGCUGAAGUCAUGUUUCCCGGUGUCCUGUACGCGCUGCUGGCGGGAUUUCUCGGCGCCGUGGCGUCCUCGUCCGCCAAACUGUCUCUCGGUACCGACUAUCUGAAGGGCGUGUGUGAGACGGGACUGCGGACGUGGGGCGAGCAGAGGAAAUUCACGCAGCACAACGACACCAGCGCGUGCGACUGGCUGCACAUCCCUCUCAGACUGCUGUGUGGAGGUCUGCUGUUCACCUGUAACGCUGUGAUGUGGACCUUCCUGGCCAAAGCGCUGCGGAGCUCGUGCUCGUCCGCGCGCACCACUGUGACCACCACCGCCUCCAACUUCAUCUCCUCUGCAUUUCUGGGGCAGCUAAUAUUCGGGGAGACCCACAUGGCCCUGUGGUGGGUGGGAAUCUCUCUGACUCUCUCUGGUCUCCUGGUGCUUCAUCACACGUCGCCCAACCUCACGCAGUCACACGCCAGCAAGAGAGAGUGACCUGCGCUGACGUGCACGCUCACGGUGUGACCAAUGACACGGCUGCCUUCAUUGUGUUCAGAAACAUAUCAGAAACAGCAGCUUACACACUGACAUCACCACUAUUCUCACUCGCUGUGGGUCCAACUGCUCUAAGACACACAAACAGACUUAACGAGUCUUUCGUUUAUUUCGCUUCACUGCGCUAGAAUAUUUGAGCAGCCGUAUUUCACGUGGAAAGUCUACUGUCAUGCCAAAGAUCCGUUUAAAUAUUUUAAAACAAAUAUUAAAAACAUUUAUUUAUGUGUAUUAUUAUUUAAUAUUAAAAGAUUAAAAAUCCAUAAAAAGUAUUAAAAACAACAGGUGCAUGAACCUACAUCACUGUUAAUGUGAUAAUGAAUCAUAUUUCACCUCAAAAUCAAUUGUUUAAUAAAGAGGAUGAAGGCUGUUUUUAGCUAAUAAUAUACAGCUAAAAAAUGAGCAUUUUCACUUUUGGGUGAAAUAUUAAUGGUAACACUUUACAAUAAGGUCUCAUUUGACAACAUAAUGCGUUAACUAACAUGAACUAACAAUGAUUUUAUAGCAUUUAUUAAAGGCACAAUAUGU